AUGUACCGUGCUUGGAUUAUCAUCACUUUAAUCCUCUCCGUUUUGGUUGCGACCCAGCCCACAGGCGAGGGCUCCACCGCAGGCGAGGGGGGCAUCAGAGGUGGCCUACGUCGUGUUGGGUCAAAAAUAACGGGAUCUCUCAAACACGCAAAACGGGAGCUCUAUGUGUGUUCCAAAGUCGAGGCAACCGUCCUAAAGCAGUGGGACCGCAGUAGAUGGCACCUUGUGGCACAGUGUCCGCCCCGAGAUGUCGGUAAACUCACCAAACAAAGACCCCAGACAGGCGGCGAAUCUCCGCAGGAAAACCCACCCCGACGUGGUAGUAACCCCAAUCAAAACCCGGGCAUUGGUGUUUCAAGGCUUCCCCUAGACAAAUGUCUCGGUUGGAAUGAGCAAAAUGGAGAAUUUACUUGGACAGCUAAUGGGAAUGGUAUCGAGAAGGGCCAUUGCUCAGAAUGCAAGGUAGAGGGGGGGCAACCUGUGGCAGAAGAGGAAUCGGGGAAAGGAAAGACAGCAGACAAGGGGAAGACCCCAGAAAGAGGGAUGUCAUUCACACUCACAUGUAAAUGUGACAAGAAGGCAGGAGAAACAGGCAAAGCUGAUGCGAGAUUCGAGUUGGUUCCAAAGGUGAAAGUCGGGGGCAAUGGUGCGAUCAGCUGUCAUGGAUACAAGGACAGACUCCAUCCCGAAAUUGAUUAA